ACCGCCACUAACACAAACAUCUGCUGAAGCGUCUCCAAGGCCAAGCAGACUUAAAGGGAAGCUCAUUUUACAGGUACAAGAUAAACGUUCAUUUUUCCUGGGGUCGGAAGUCCUGUCGAAACUAUGGCUGAACGUCAGGAGAUGGGCUCCACUAAGGGGGCACCUGCUGCAGACUUGUAUCCCAGAAAAAUACUGGAGUACAUGGAAGGCUUCCUUAUCUCCAAGACAGUGUUCACCUCCUGUGAACUGGGUGUGUUUGAUGUGUUGUUGGGUGCAGCGCGCCCUCUGUCUGCAGAAGAGAUCAGUCAGGCAGUGGGUGCCAGUCUGGAUGGCACGCAGAGGCUGCUGGCUGCCUGCACGGGCCUACAGCUGCUCAGCACACACCAUGAAAAUGGACAAGUGUUUUACAGCAACACAGAGCAAGCCAGUGUCUUCCUCACCCGCUCCAGUCCUUUGUCUCUCUGCCAGUCCAUCCAGUACAGCUCCAGAACCAUCUACCUCUGCUGGCACUAUCUCACUGAUGCAGUCAGAGACGGAAAAAACCAGUAUGAAAAGGCUUUUGGAGUCAACUCGAAAGAUCUGUUUCAAGCUCUCUACAGGUCUGAUGAGGAGAUGGUCAAAUUCAUGCAGUUGAUGAACUCCAUUUGGAACAUUUGUGGGAAAGACGUGAUCAGGGCCUUCGAUCUUUCACGUUUUAAGGUCAUCUGUGACCUUGGCGGCUGCAGUGGGGCAUUAGCCAAGCAAUGCACGUCAGUCUACCCAGAAUGCACUGUGACGAUCUUUGACCUCCCCAAGGUGGUGCGUAUGUCGCAGGAACACUUUGUCAACGAGGCUGACCAGAGGAUAAGCUUCCACGAGGGAGACUUCUUCAAAGACUGUCUGCCAGCAGCUGACCUCUAUAUUCUUGCCAGAAUCCUUCAUGACUGGACAGACGAACGUUGCAUAGAGCUACUCUGUAGAAUCUAUAAAGCCUGCAAACCAGGAGGCGCUGUGCUGCUGGUGGAGGCACUGCUCAAUGAGGAUGGAUCUGGACCACUGACAGUGCAGCUUUACUCCCUGAACAUGCUGGUCCAGACGGAGGGCAGAGAGAGGACAGAUGCUCAGUACACUGCCCUGCUGGCUGCUGCUGGCUUCUCCAACAUCCAGCACUGCCUCACUGGCAAGAUCUAUGAUGCUGUUUUGGGUCACAAGGAGACAUGAGAGAUUAAAAGAAAUAAAUAAUGCCAUCAUGUGUACCAAGGCUGAUGAUGCUCUGCUCAAAAAAAGUUCUAAUCUUGUUACUUUUUGUCAGUCAUCUUCAAGUUUUCCCAAAUAAAAUCUAAAUAACAUAGCUAUCCAAAAAAUGAAUUAAAGUCUGCAGAAAUGAGGAUUAGGCCAAUGUGCCUUCAAAGUCUUGAUGAAUGGUAAAUGAGACAACUAAGC